CACAAAAAGUAAUGGCCGAAAAAACAUGAACGAAAAGCUAAUGAUUGGCAUUUUGCAGUGAAACAGCCAUCGGUGUGCACGAUAUAGUAUGAUUUAUGUACGGACAUCUCAAUUAAGUCCCUAAAUAUGGGAUCGUUACUAAUUCUUCUUCUAUUCUAUGGAUUAAUCACUGCAACACGAGGAGAUCCGCAGCUCCUUUUGGCAAACAGGAAAGAUAUUCGACUCGUCAACAUUACCGGCCAUGGUAAACCAAAUGUCUCCGUGAUUUUGAACCACCUUGACGAUGCACUGGCAGUCGACUUUCUGUACACCGAGGGCUACGUGUUUUGGACCGACAUCAACCUGGAAAUGAUCAAGCGUGCCGUCAUCAAUCGCACGCAACAGACAACAAGGGGAAUUAUUACCACCGGAGUUGUGUCCCCUGACGGUCUUGCGUGCGAUUGGGUGAGCAAGAAGUUGUACUGGACGGAUGCAGAAACGAACCGGAUCGAAGUCAGUGACCUUGAUGGCAAGUUCCGGAAAGUCCUCUUCUGGCAGCGACUUGAUCAACCAAGGGCAUUAGCGUUGGAUCCCUAUCAUGGCUACAUGUUCUGGACAGACUGGGGUGAAAGUCCAAAAAUAGAACGAGCAGGAAUGGACGGAACACUUACCUCUCGAACAGUGAUUGUUGACGACAAUAUCUACUGGCCGAACGGACUAACACUUGAUUACGAAGAACUACGAAUAUACUGGGCUGACGCGAAGCUAAAUUACAUCCAUAGCUGUACGUACGAAGGUCGGGACCGGCGUGUAAUUGCAAUGAAAGAAGGCAAAGAUGAUCCAUCGUUACCACAUCCGUUCGCCAUUACGUUGUUUAAAAAUGAACUCUUUUGGACCGACUGGUCAACAAAAUCGAUACAUACGUGCGAUAAAAUAACCGGAAUCGAAGGUCGAAAGAUACUAUCAGACAUUCAUUCCCCAAUGGAUAUAAUUGUAUACGACGCCGAACGACAAAAACCAGGUUACAACCCUUGCGCGGACAACAACGGGGGCUGUUCCCACUUGUGCCUCCUGUCACCAGUGCUUCUUACAGCAGACAAGCCUAACUACUCAUGCGCGUGUCCGACCGGUGUACGUUUGCUGGAUGAUGGAAAGACCUGUGCCGAUGGCGCCCAACAGAUGUUAUUACUCGCAAGACGAACGGACAUCCGGAUGAUAUCGCUGGACAUGCAAGACUUUACAGACAUCGUCUUGCAGCUGGACAAUGUGAAACACUCCAUCGCCAUCGAUUAUGAUCCGGUAGAUGGAUAUGUUUACUGGACAGACGAUGAGGUUAGAGCAAUUCGUCGGGCGUUUCUGAACGGCACAGGUCAAGAAACAAUAGUUGAUAAAGAAGUGGACCAUCCGGACGGGAUAGCUAUUGAUUGGAUCGGUCGGAAUAUUUACUGGACGGAUACCGGAACGGAUCGAAUCGAGGUUGCACGCCUUAACGGAACUUCACGGAAAAUUCUGAUCUCAGAAAACCUUGACGAGCCUCGUGCACUAUGUCUUGAUCCGGAAAGAGGGUACAUUUGGUGGACAGACUGGGGAGAAGAACCCAAAAUCGAGCGGGCAUUUCUGGAUGGCACGAAUCGCUCCAUCGUUAUUAACACCAACCUAUCUUGGCCAAAUGGCAUUGUGGUCGAUUACAAGGAAGAUAAGAUUUACUGGUGCGAUGCAAAGACUGACGUGAUUGAGGUCGCUAACAUGGACGGGAGUGGGCGGAGAGUUUUAGUCAAAGAUAAUCUACCUCAUUUAUUUGGAUUUAGCUUGUUAGGUGACUACUUGUAUUGGACAGAGUGGCAGCGUCGAUCGGUUGAGAGGGUAAACAAACGUACAGGGGGUAACAGAACACUGAUAAUCGACCAACUUCCCGACCUCAUGGGGCUCAAGGCAACCAAUGUGAAAACUGUGACAGGUACAAAUGACUGUGCAGACAACAAUGGCCACUGCAGUCAUCUGUGUCUAUACACACCCAAUGGCGCGCAAUGCGCCUGCCCGAUGGGGCUCGAACUUAUCAACCAGGGGAAAAAAUGUAUCGUCCCCGAGGCUUUUCUGCUCUUCACACAGGAGGAGGACAUUAAGCGCAUGUCGUUGUCGACAUCGACAGCUCACCGAGUUGUGCCGAUUCCGCUUAAGGGGAUCAAGAAAGUUUUGUCGAUCGAUUUUGAUAUCGGGGAUAACAGGAUUUACUGGACUGAUGGAGGCUCUAUGUCAAUCAGUCGAGCCUUCAUGAAUGGCAGCUCGAUGGAAACGAUCAUAGACUUCGACAUCGCAGGACCGGAAGGUAUGGCUGUAGACUGGCUUGCACACAACAUCUAUUGGGCAGACUCUGAGACGAACAGGAUCCAGGUGGCUAGACUAAAUGGGUCGUCUAGACGUGUGCUCGUCUGGGAAGACCUUAUUCAUCCCUCGGCACUCGUGCUAGACCCACCCAAUGGGUACAUGUACUGGAGUGAUUGGGCCCAGCCCCCAAAACUAGAGAGGGCGUGGCUGGAUGGUUCCCAUCGGGAGGUUAUCAUCAGUGAUGUUGGCCGAGUGGCUGGACUUACCAUCGAUUAUGCGCAAAAACGGCUCUACUGGGCGGACUUUGACAAAAGGACUAUAGAGUCUUCAGAAAUGGAUGGAAGCAAUAGAACAACACUCCCUGUCUCGGACAUCAACAAACCCAUGGCCCUCACACAAUACCAGGACUUCUUGUACUGGACGGACUGGGAACUGCAGACAAUCGAGAAGGCCAACAAGACGUCAGGCCAGAACAAGACUGUUGUACAGUAUGUGGACAGCGUCACUGAUCUGCUCAUCUUUCAUCACAGCAGACAGUCAGGUUGGAAUAACUGUAUGUAUAACAACGGGGACUGUCCAUACUUGUGCCUGGCGCUGCCUGAGGAUGGGAACCAGACGCAGCGUCACCAAUGUGCCUGCCCCACCCACUUCACCUUAAACAACAAAACGUGCGUUCCCCCAAAAUCGUUCCUACUCUUCAGUCUGAGGUCCGAUAUAAGUCGACUUAUGGUCCCAGAUGAAGGGGAGGAAGCCUCGCCCGAUGUGAUAUUACCGAUUAAAGGGUUGGGGAAAUUGAAGUCGAUCGAUUAUGAUCCUGUGAAGGAAUAUGUGUACUGGAUUGGGGGAAAGUCGAAAUCGAUAAAACGAGCUAAGGUGGACGGAAGUGAUGAACAGGUCGUGAUCAGAAAGAAUGACGAUAACGACAUUCGACCGUUUGACCUUGCUAUUGACCCAUUCUCGCGCGUACUUUUCUACUCGUGCAUAGUAAACAACAUGAUCAACUUCACGCACCUGUAUGCAGAGAGGGGUGGGGUCGUGGUCUCUGGGGGUAACUAUAGACCGCGGAACCUGGCCCUCAACCCUUGGACAGGGCACUUGUACUGGGCAAACCUUGGAAUAGGAGGCCCCUCUACAAUUGUUCGGUCCCUGUUUGAUGGCACAGAGGCUCUGUCCCUCUUCCAUUCAGGGGUAUCAAGGCCAGGCCCAAUUGCUGUCGACCCACAUGAAAACCUGCUAUUUUGGGCCGACCUUGAGGCAGAAGUCAUUGAGUGCAGUGACCUUUCCGGAGGAAAUCGACGGGUGUUGUUAAGCGGAAAGAUGUCGGGUAAUCUACAGACAGUGUUGGGAAUAGCCGUGUAUGAUAAGUACCUGUACUGGGUUGAUAAGGACAAGAAACUAAUAGGUAGAAUGAAUAAGAAAACGGGUAAAGAAGUGACGUUUGUUCAAGGACGUGUUCCGAAUUUGAGUGAUAUUCAUGCGGCAAUUCACAUUGAAGUCGAUGAACUAAAGAAGCAUCCAUGUUUCAAAAACAAUGGAAACUGUUCUCAUAUCUGUAUAGCCAAAACGAACGAAAAAGCCCAGUGCUCGUGUCCAAAUAAUUUAGUGUUAAAAAAUGAUGAGCGUUCGUGUGCGGAAAAGACUACAUGCUCUACGGCUCAGUUUACGUGCACAUCGUCUGAGUGUAUUCCAAAACAAUGGCUCUGUGAUGGAUCUGAUGAUUGUUCCGAUGGCUCGGAUGAAAAAGACUGUCCCGUAUGUGGGCCAUCUCUGUAUCAGUGUGAGGAUAAAAAGUGUAUUCCGGAAACACAAGUGUGUGACGGAAAAUUUCAAUGUACAAAUGAGGAUGAUGAAAAGGGGUGUUGCGUUAAAGAAUCACAGAUUCAGUGUGCUUCGGGGAAUAAUUGUUACGAGAAAUCAGGAAGGUGUGAUGGAAAAUCGGAUUGCGACGAUAAUUCUGACGAGGCUGGGUGCCCAAAUGGCCCCACCACACAUACAGCCCAGAAUUCGCUGUCUGCUUACGUCAUUGUUGCAAUUGUCGUGGGAGUUUUUGCACUCAUUGUGAUAGGUGCCGUAGUAUUUGCGUGUCGGCGAAAGUCGCCAGAACCUCAGUUUGAAAUGCACCCCGAUAUUGUACCUCUCAAACCGAUUACUGUUGGUGAAACGCCAAAUAAUUCAAUCAAAACGAAACGAAGCAAGAAACAUGAACGAAAACCUUUAAUACCAACAACAUUAUCACUAGGUUCAGAAACUGCAUAUGACAGAAAUCAUGUGACUGGUGCUUCCUCAAGUAGUUCUGCAGUGACACAAUACCCCAAAGAAACGUUGAAUCCACCCCCAAGUCCUGUAACGGACAGGUCAGUGUGCGCGGGGGAGUUUUAUGACUACACAACCAAUAGUCCAUUGAUUCAUUCAUACAAAAAGCACCGUCGACGGCACGGUCAUGUUCCCCCGCCCCCCACAACGCCCUGCAGCACAGAUGUCUGUGAGGACAGUGAACCAUAUUUCAGACAUAAUCGCAAAAGUCGUAAUAAUCGCAACAAGUUCUACAACAUCUCUGUUCCAGAGAUGGCUUAUGACUCAGACCCCUACCCCCCUCCCCCAACCCCAAGGAGUCAUUAUUUUUCAGAUGACGUUACGAGUUGCCCUGAUUCGCCCACCACAGAGAGAAGUUAUUUCAACCCCUACCCUCCACCACCAUCACCAGUGGCGGGCUCUCUUGUAAACUCAGACUGUUAACAGUAUAAUUUUGAAAUAAUGUCAAGGGUUUGAUGCGAAAUUGUAUUAAGAGCUUAUAUAAUUAUAAGGUUUUACCUAAGAAUUAUCGAAAGGUACUGUAUUUCAUUGGUAGCACCCUUCUGCCCUCAUUGCGACCAGCAUGGGAACCCAUCUGCUUUCAUAGAAAGAAAAGCUUAAGACUGUCAAAUAUUUCUCUUUUUUUUAAAUCAAGCUUGAUAAUACGAUUAUAAAUACAUUCAUACUUUACAUAUUUGGCAGUUCAUUAUAUUUACAUAUUAGGCAGUAAAUAGUAGGCAGAUGAAACCUUAUAUAAUUUUACUUCAGUUAAACACAAUUUCUAACUUCGUCUGUCGAAUUCAUAAUGUUUAAGUUCUUUACUGCUAGAUAAAAUGUUCCUUUUCUCUCCUAGCACCCUGUCCGUUUUAAAACCUGGCUAAAACCCUAUAAUUACCGGAAUAUCUGCCAUUUUGGUCAAUUUUGAUCUAGCCCUUGAUUUUAAAUAUAAUUCCUAUUGCCAUUGCAGUGAUAAUAAUUUUAAAAAUGCGUGGUAAAUGUAUUUGAUUAAGAAUAACUUUUUUACAUAUAUCUGAUGUAUCAUAUUGUUGCCAAUUUGAUACGAUUUACCUUAAUGUGAAAUAUUUUUUGUCAAAAAUUUCUUGGUAUAGAAAAGUGUUGUAGGCACUACUUACAUGUGAACUGUUAUCAGAUUCGUUAGCGAGAUUAAUAUCUGUUAGUUUUCAGUGUCAGUUAAGACUGGAAUUAUUGUAUGCAUGUAAAAGUUUUUGUUCAACACAAGAAAUAGCCAGUAUUCGUGAAUUUUACAAGAAAAAUUAUUUUAUGCUCAUUCUUCAUGUGUAAAUAUUUCAUCUUUUGGACACUCGUGAAUAAAUCUCCCAUUGUGUAGAUAAGGGAAAUGAAUAUUGAUUAUUUCAUAUGCUUGUCUGAAUUUUAAAGAAAAAAUGUCGAUGUAUUGUCAAAGUGGUGGUGUAGUUGUUGUUGUUAUUGAUGGCUUCACCAUCAUGCAAACAAAGGGAAUUAUUAAGUUAAACAUUGUUCAAGAUAUCCAUAUGAAAUUGGUCAACAUGUUGAAAGAGACAAUACAAACAUUUGUAGCAGGGUUGAUAACUCUGGCUUUGAUAAAUAUUGAGUUAUUUCCCUUGCUAAAAUGAAAAAAACACCCAGCAGACAAGGGUUCGAUCCUUGAAGCUCUUUUUAAUAGUUUUAGUUAUGAUGUAGUUCACCAGUAGGCAUAUAAACUGAUCUAGGUUUUUAUGAACAAUUAAGUUUGUCAGAUAUACUGCCUUUAACAUCGGUUUUUAUAUAUAUAAUGUUUUGUAACAUUAAUGAUAUUGGCAGAUAUUCUGCACAAAAUCAUUUGUGUAUAUUUUAUUUCACAGGUAAUGUAUUGUUGAUUGAUAUAAAACAAAACUUAAUUGAAAAUCCAAUUUUUUAUUUGAAUGUUUUAAAAAAUGUCUUUUAAGAACGUUUUUUUGUUGAUACAUUGUUUUUGAGUUUAGAAAAUGUUCCAGGUUUAAUAUUUAAGAUAUUUUAUUUGAAAAUAUUUUUUUAUGAUAGGAAAGAAAUUUGAUUUUGCACAAUAUUUAAUUAAUUUUUUCUUAGUUUACAAAGUUUAAAUCUGUUGUUAUGGCUACCUCAAACCCUGUGUAAAAGUAGUAAUAUUAUGAGUGGUUGAUUUGAUGUGGUCAAUUUGUGUUUAUCGUUUGAUUUUGUUAGCUUUACACAAUAUUUUAUACUGGUUCUCGUAUAUUAUGUUCGACUGUCUUUGGGAGUCGCCCUUUUGCAUUUGGACUUACAGAUUGUAAGAAUUUCAUGUACAUGUAAAAUUAAGAAAUUGACUUCUGAUUGACUGUUGAUGUUUUUCUCUUUGGAUUCCCAUUUUUUCAGGUUCAGUUAAGAAAUCAUAUGGAUAGAGUGCUGAUUUUACUAAACAAUAUGUACACAAACGAGCAUUUCAUUCAGAAUCAAGAGCUGUAUUUCAAUGAUGGACCUUCGUGUAACUUCGAAAAUCAUAAAUCUGAAGGAAUGUCACAGUCGGCAAUACCUUUUUUUUUUAAUGCUGCGUUUUCGACUUGAAUACUUUCUAAAGUAUAAUUUUUAUACAUUAAUAUCGAGAUAAUGAAAAUAUUACCUUAAGAAGUCCUUCUGAGGUCAAACUUAUUUUAAACUUGCAAACACCCUUUUAUAAUUAUGUGCUAUUUAAGACAGUCUAUGCGAUGUUUAGCUUUGAUCUUUGAAUGAUAUGUUCAAGUUUAGUUGAAUGUUUUUUUUAUGCAUCUUGGUUUACAAAUUAGGUUGUAUUUUAAUAUUUUUGAUAUUAUUUAAUGUACUAUUUUAAGGGCAUAUAACCAUUUUGUGUUUAUAAAAAUAGCUGUGGUUUGAUUUUAUAGUCUUAUGUGUUUAUAUAUUAGAUAAAUUUCUUUUUUAAUAAGGAGUAAAAAUGCUUUCUAUUUAUAAUACUAUAAAAAAAGUAAAUAAACAGUUCGCAGAAAGAGUAUGGUAGAAAAUAUUUAAAGCUGCACUCUCACAUAUUGACUGUUUUAACAACUUUUUUUAUUUUUUGUCUUGGAAUGAGCCAACUUUGCAAAAUUGUCUAAAGCAAGAUUGCUGACAAAAAAUCAAAUCACAAUUUUUUAUAUCUGUGUUCAAAAAUUGAUGUUUUAUGCUGAUAAUCUCAUUUUCCAAAAGCGUUAGUAACUCUUUGAGCCAUAAAACGAUCAGGUUACAACUGUAAAUAUAAAAAGCUGCGAUCUGAUUUUUUGUCAGCGGUCUUAUAUCACUGGUUUCCAGACAUGCACAAAAAAAUGGCUCAUUCCAAGACAAAAAAAAAGAAAAAAAGUCAAAACUGUCAAUCUGUCAGAGUGCAGCUUUAAGGCAUAUGCAUGUACUAGUUUAUAAAUUCUUUAUAACUCAAUGCUGUUACAAACAUGUUCAUAAUUUUUAUUCCAUCAAAGUACAUAUUUCAUUUAAAAAAUGUGUCAAUAACUUGAAUACACCAGUGACUUGUGCAUGCUUUAGAUUUGAUUCAAUCAUGUUAGGUAUGAAUUAAUUACAGAAUAUAUUUUGUACCCUUGAAGGGGCCUCGUGAUAGAAGGAUUUUUGUUUAUUUUUGUGUUUUAAUUUUAUUCUCGUUGUCCGAUUUGUGUUAGAUUUUAUGUAUGAGUGUGUGUUUUUUUCAUGAUUGAAGGCGAUAAGUAGAUUUAUUUUCUGCAUUAGGUUUAUGUAUCAUUCUGUGUAUAUUCCAUACGAUAUGUGCUAAAUAUGAUGAUAAGUGUACUAAAUGAUGCAAAAAAAUCAUGAAACGUCUAACAAAGAAAAUAAUUUGCUAUUUAGUCGUAGAUUUUGACAAAUGCCUAGCUUUUAACUGAUCUUUAAGUAUUUACCAUUUUUAUGAUCAAAUAUGAUGUCUUAUAAAAAUCAAGGUAAUUACAGAAUAAAAAUAUGUGUUAAGUAACAAAAUUUCUGAAGUUAUAUUUUACUGAAAUUAUCUUUUCAGUCAUAUUAUUAAAUUAUUAUUAUUUUUUUAGAAAAACCAACUUCGGAAAACCCUAAUCUUUUUUUCUGAUUAUAAUUUUUGUCAAAAGCAAAGCCAGUAUUUUAGGCAGCACUGCGAUUUAUGUAAAUGUUACAAAUUACUAUGUAAUCUCUAACCUUUCCGGUUUUAAUACUAUUGUUUUUCGAUCUCUUUUUAACCAUUAUGUUUACAGAAUUGUCAAUGUAAGCUUAGUAUUGAUAGUCUAAUGUUGCCUUAUAUUUGUUGUAGAUAUUCUGAUAUCAUACAUGUAUACUAUCAUAUUUGAACAAUUUUAUUAUUGUAAGUGCUAAAUGUUUAUAUGUACUACAAACAUGAACCUUAUAUUAAAAUGCAUUGGCAGAUGCUAAAACUGA